GGCGUGAAAAGUGCACGGAGCUUACAUGUCUUAGUUGUGAUUAUUGUUUUUUCUUUUCUUUUCAUUGCAUUAAACCAGAAAUUGUAUUUUAGUAAAUUUGAAAAUCUAAUUUUAAGUGGCAAGACGGCAAGUUUUGUCUAUUUUAAAUCAAACAUUGGCUCAUUGUGUCAUUGAUAAAUCAAAAAUUCAGAUUGAAUGCAAAAAGAAUUGUACUGUUAUUCCACAGCAGGGAUAUAUUUUACAAUCCAAAUGAAAUAAAUAUGCCGAAAAUGUAGUGACAAUGAAUUCAAGUGGCACAAACAAAACAUCUUUGAAUAUAAAAACAAAACGAAAAACUGUGAAAAAUGGAACAUAAAAAAGCCUUUGAUUAAAAUGUAUUGUGGAUACGAGAUGUGGAUACAAAGUAAAUGUAGUGAGCAGAAAAGUGUUCUGAAGAAAGCAACAACAAAACCAUGUAUUAAGAAUUGAGCCUUUCAACCGUAUAACAGCACACAUUUCUUCGCGUUAGCGAAACAGGAUUUUUUGUUAGAUAGGAAAAAAGGAUUAGUUUGGUAUUUGAGGUAAAUAUUUUCCAAAUGGACAGCAUUCAAGCGGUAGGAGCUAGUGCGGCUAUUAUUGUAGUAGUUCUAUUAAUGAUCAUGUUUGUGUGCCAUUUAUUUGGUCCUAAGGCCACAUCUUGGGUAUGCUCGAAUCAGGAGGAGAAAAUUGGCCUGUCACAAAAUAAAAUCUUCAAUGCCAACGGCUAUCUGAUCAAUUCUGGUUCCGAUAUAUUGCUCAGUUCGACUGGCAGUUUUCGAAGAUUCGAUUCAAUUGAUCGGGAUUACAAAGAAAUUGGUCAAACUUCGGUCACUACGCCGACGUGGAAUAUACCAAUACCCGAAGUAGAUAUUCCGCCACAGCCGUUGAGACCAGCACCUGCGCCUAGUACAAAUCGAAGAAAAUCGUCGAUCGAUCGACCAGUCAAGCAGCAGAGUUGUGAUGCAUUCGUGCCGUUAAAUACGAUAAUUCCACGUCCGGUCACUAAAAGACAAAUGUCGAGUCCAGCUGGAACCAUAACGCCCAUUAAUUUGUCGGAUGCGGUUGCAAAAAUUACGAAUGGACCUCGCUCAUGUACGAAUCCAUUUUUGAAUGGUACCGCGUCAAUUACCGAACACGAUGAUGCUGGCGAGACAAUCUCUUCUGACCAAGUCGAUAAACCGGUUUCAUUUUGGAGCGAAACGAUAUUCACGGUAGAAAAAGAAAAAGCUUUAUACGAAUGCAAUGCCGAUGUGGCGAACGCUUUUCAAGCGAAAAGUGACGAAAAAACGAAGCCGAAUGGAAACGAGCUACCACUUACCGCUUUCGAUUUCGCCAGAAAAUGUUCGGACUCGUCUCUCUCAAAUGCAUUCGAAAACAAUUUCGUCACAUGUGGACCGACAAACUUUCGCAAUCGGUCACUAUCCGAAACGGAAAUGCUGGAGCCAUUGGACAAUACAAAAUCGGAAAUCAUUUUACCGACCAGCAAUGAUUCAACAAAUCCGUUCCGCAACAACUUGCACAAGACUCUCUCCGAAACGUAUCUGGAACAGUAUCUGAUGAAUCAACGGAAUCGCAGUGCGUCACAAACGUGGACAUUCGGUAGGUCACUAUCACGACAAGGAUCAAAUUCGAGUUUAACUCGAUCUCAAUUCGCAAUUGGAAAGGAAAAUAGUGAUGCCAAUUUGAUCCGGGCAAUGUCCUGUGAGUCCGUCAAUUCCGAGUCGUCGGUCAUUUUAGACGACCUGGAAACGCCAGCCGUGACUGGUAUGCUGUGCAUUGGCUUGCAAUAUGACAAGAAUACGUUAACUGAUGAAGGAGUGGAAUUAGUAGUCACUGUCAUGGAAGCCAAAGAACUCAUUCGACCUCCUAAUUCGGAAAAUGUAGAUACUUUUGUUAGAAUAUAUUUGGUACCUGAUGAAACGGGAGCUUUACAAACUAAGUUAUUUAAAAACUCGAUGUGUCCUAGUUACAAUGAAACUUUUUGUUUUUGGCUCAAAAAUACAAACAAACGAGCACGUCGUUCACUGUGGUUUCAUUUAUAUCAUAGCGGGAGUGUACAUACGCUUUUAGGCGAAGCCGAAUUGAAAAUUAGCGACGUCACCAAACCAAUAACGACAUGGCUAUCGUUGUCAGACUCUCGCCACAACAAUAGCGUGUGGGGUGAAUUAAUGUUUUCCAUAAGUUAUCUUCCAACAGCCGAGAGACUUACCGUGGUUGUGGUAAAAGCACGAAAUCUGAAAUUACAUGACGAUGAACAGCACAAUACACUGAACAAUGUCUUUGUAAAAGUUUAUCUACUCAAAAGCGAUCGGAAAGUGUUCAAAAAGAAGACGUCUAUUAAACGUACCGAACGCAGUCCCAUAUUCAACGAAUCGAUGACGUUCAGUGUACCACCGUAUAUGUUAAAUUCCAUUCAAGUUCGUCUGACCGUGGUCAAUGGUGCUGAAAUUAACGGCGAUAAUAACAAAAUCAAAAUCAUUCCUAUAGGUCAUGUCAUUGUUGGCGGCAAUGCCAGUGGAAAGGGACUGAGGCAUUGGAAUCAAAUGUUAACAUCAUUACGAAAACCAGUGGCUAUGUGGCAUGCUCUGCGGCAAUCAAUGAAAAGGAAAACUUGAAAAUUGUAAAAUGGUUUAUAUUUGGGACGUGGUGCCCUCGAUGAACAUUUUUCAGCUAUCCGGGAUUAAGCCGAAUGUGUAUGAUGGAUAUAUAUGUACGUGAAUAUAACCCUUUAAGCGUUCAAAACAUAAUUGGCUCCGUUCUAUGUAUAAGAAUUCUAUGGGACAUAUCCUGUUGAAGUGAAAGGGAUAAUCCCGGCGUAAUGCUUUUAUGUGUUGGGAAAAUUAUAAUUUUAUUUUUCAGGCCAUAUGUGAUUUUUUUUCUCGAUUCUACUGUUGUCAUUGCAGGUUAAGCAAAAAAAAUUACAUAUUUCGGGGUGGCGGUUGUGAUGAUAUAACAAGCAUUUCAUUAUAAUUAUCGUAACAGAGUUUAUAUUGGUUUACAUACUUGCUUUGCGUAUGCACGAUAAAGUGCACUCUACGUCACUAUUUGUGACACUAAAAAUUCACUUACCGUUCACGAGCAUGUAAUAGUACAUUGUAAACGUAGGUCUAAAUUUAUAUUUUGAGGAGUUGGGACGUUGGGUGGGAAUAAAAAUUUGGACUCACGUACGUGUUGUACUUUACGUGAUUAGGCAAUGAAAAUACAUAUUUCAUGAGAAAAGCGCCAUUCACAUUGCCGUAACACGUAAAAUGUCUCACGCCUUCGGCUCGUUCCACAAAACCCACAUUUGUCAAAACGAGAAACUUAGAAGAAAGAGCGUAAUAUACUAUUGUGUCAGUGUGAAUUCGUUUGUAUUGUGACCGAACAUUCAAUCGCAGCGGCAAAAUUUCGCUCUUUGCUCUUGCAACAAAAUUUACUUAGUGUGUCGCCGGUCCCUUUAAGAUAACUAAAUUGACUUUUCUCCAGUAUUAUGUUCAGUGAUAAAUCUGACCUCAGCAAUCCUCAGAACAAACAAAUGAUAUAAUUGUUCUCUAUUCCAUAGAACUUUUAGUGACACAUGUUUGGCCGCGACAUUUUUUAAAACAUUUUUCAAAAACCGUACGUUUCAUGCUUUAAGCACUACUUUCGACGGAAUGUGUCACUAUGGGUCUUUAUUCAAUUCUUUUACCAAGUGAUUUAUUUAUUUCGUCAGAUAUUUAAUCUCUUUUUGC